GUAACGCAUGGUUGCAACAGCCCGAGUUUAGGCAGAGAUGGGGGCAUAUGCAGUUGCGGUCUUCCUCUCCGUCACGCUCUCCGUCUCAUUUGUGUUGUCUCAUCGUACGCUCUCUCCAACUCGGGACACAAUCUCAUCAUCAGCAUGCCACCCCAGCAACCAGCCCCACCCUCCUACUCUCAGAUCCUCUCAGUUCACCGUCCUCAUCAACGGUUAUUCCGAGUCCCGCCUCCCUCUCCUCCACUCCAUCGCGACCACUUACUCUGCUUCCCCGCUGGUAUCCUCUGUACUGGUCCUCUGGGGGAACCCCUCCACCCCACCCCUUACUCUAGCACAAUUGGCCUACAAUCUGUCAGUCUCCUCCACGGGCAGCGCCGCCAUCUCCCUCGUGCCCCAAUCCUCGAGCAGCCUGAACGCCCGAUUCCUGCCGAGGUACUCGAUCCGGACACGGGCCGUUCUGGUGUGCGAUGACGACGUGGAAGUGGAUCCCAAAACGGUGGACUUCGCCUUUAGGAUGUGGAGGUGGAACCCGGAGCGUCUGAUUGGAAUAUUCGUGAGAUCGCAUGAUAUAGACAUGACAAAGAAGGAGUGGAUUUACACGGUCCAUCCGGACAAGUACUCCAUAGUGCUGACCAAGUUCAUGAUGAUGAAGACGGAGUAUUUGUUCAAGUACAGUUGCGAGGGUGGGGCCCCGAUGCGUGAGAUGAGGAGGAUGGUCGAUGAGAUGCGUAAUUGCGAGGAUAUUCUGAUGAACUUCGUGGUGGCAGAGGAGACCAACGCGGGGCCUCUGAUGGUGGAGGCCUCAAGGGCCAGAGAUUGGGGAGACCCGAGAAACGAAGGCGAAGACGGUGAUGGUGGCGGGAUUAGAGUGGUGAGAGAGGUGGGGUUGAGCAGUAGGAGAGCGGAGCACCGCAAGAGGAGAGGGCAUUGCAUAAACGAGUUCCAUAGAGUUUUGGGGCGGAUGGCCCUCAGAUACAGUUACGCCAAGCUGGUUUCUUCUGUAGCUGAGCAAGGGCUUUGCAGGAAAGGCGCCAAUUUGGUGCCUUGUGAUCACUGAUCAUUGCAAAAUUAAUGAGCUAAAUAAAAUCACUUUUUUUCUUCUUUUGGAAAA